GCACACUCAACACUGCACAAUACGCAUUACCCAAAACCCCAAAACACAAACACAUGAGCACAACACACAGUGACAAAACUGGAACACACCACAAUCUCAUCCUUUCAAUAAACAAAAACAAAAAACCCAAAACAACAACCCAUACUUGUAACAGAUCAAAACCCAUUGCUUCCCCACUUUCCUAUUAGAAACAGAAAAGAAAAGAAAGCUAACAAUAUUCUUUCCUUUCUUUCUUUUCUAUCUCUGUCAUCCUUUCAUAUCCCACCUUUGAUUCUCUCUCUCUCUCCCCAUUUUUCUCUCUCUUUCUCUCUUCUCUGCUUUGUUUGUCUAUGGCGACUCUUGAGGAUAUUGGGGUCUCUGCAUUCAUCAACAUACUCGGUACUUUUGCCUUCUUGUUGGCCUUUGCUCUUCUUCGGAUUCAACCCAUCAAUGACAGAGUUUACUUUCCCAAGUUGUACAUUAGUGGGGGCAGAACCAGUCCCAAGCACCGGAACUUUGUGGGAAAGUUUGUUAAUCUCAAUUGCUGGACUUACAUUACCUUCCUCAACUGGAUGCCUCAAGCUCUGAGGAUGAGUGAGUCCGAAAUCAUCAACCAUGCUGGUCUUGAUUCUGCUGUUUUUCUCAGAAUCUACACUCUUGGCUUAAAGAUUUUUGGACCCAUUACUAUUGUGGCGCUUUUGGUUCUAAUUCCAAUCAAUGUAUCUGGUGGAACAUUGUUUUUCCUUAGCAAGGAAUUGGUUGUUAGCGACAUUGAUAAGCUUUCAAUAUCAAAUGUUCAUCCUAAAUCUAUUAGGUUUUUUGCUCACCUAUCAAUGGAAUAUUUGUUCACAUUCUGGACAUGUUUUUUGCUCUACAAGGAAUACGGUAGAGUAUCAUCAAUGAGGUUGAACUUUUUGGCUUCUCAACACAGGCGUGCAGAGCAGUUCACAGUAUUGGUCAGGAAUGUGCCGCAUGUUUCUGGUCGCUCAAUUUCUGACAGUGUGGACAACUUCUUCAAAACAAAUCACCCCGAUCACUAUCUUUGUCACCAGGCUGUCUACAAUGCAAACAAAUUUGCCAAACUUGUGAGAAAAAGAGAGAGGAUCCAAAAUUGGCUGGACUACAACCAGCUUAAGCUUGAAAGACAUCCAGACAAAAGGCCAACGAAAAAGUUAGGAUUCCUUGGGCUUUGUGGUGAAAGAGUUGAUUCUAUUGAAUUUUAUAAACAACAGAUCAAGGAUCUUGAUAGAAGAUUAACGAUGGAGCGCCAGAGAAUUCUGAAGGACCCAAAAGCUAUUAUAUCAGCUGCAUUUGUUUCAUUUAAUUCACGAUGGGGGGCAGCUGUGUGUGCACAAACUCAGCAAAGCAAGAAUCCCACCCUGUGGUUAACAAACUGGGCCCCGGAACCCCGUGAUGUAUACUGGAAGAAUCUGGCGAUACCAUUUGUUUCUCUCAGCGUUAGGAGGCUUUUGAUAUCGUUGACGGUCUUUGCUUUGGUGUUCUUUUACAUGAUACCCAUUGCUUUCGUGCAGUCACUUGCAAAUUUGGAGGGUCUUGAAAGGGUUGCUCCUUUCCUAAGGCCUGUUGUUGAAGUGAAAUUCGUCAAGUCAUUCCUACAGGGAUUUCUUCCUGGUCUAGCUCUCAAAGUUUUCUUAUACAUUCUUCCAACAGUUUUGAUGAUUAUGUCAAAAAUUGAGGGACAUGUGGCAUUGUCAGUACUAGAACGAAGUGCAUCAGCAAAAUAUUAUUACUUUAUGUUGGUGAAUGUUUUCUUGGGGAGCAUAGUAACGGGAACAGCUUUCCAGCAGCUUCAUGCUUUCCUUCACCAAGCGCCCACCCAGAUUCCUAGAACCAUUGGGGUAUCAAUACCAAUGAAGGCUACUUUCUUUAUUACAUAUAUAAUGGUUGAUGGGUGGGCUGGAAUUGCAAGCGAGAUUCUCAGGUUGAAGCCUUUGGUCAUUUUUCACCUUAAGAACACGUUCUUGGUGAAAACUGCGAGGGACAGAGAGAGGGCAAUGAACCCUGGGAGUGUGGAUUUUCCAGAGACUCUUCCAAGCCUUCAACUUUACUUCCUUCUAGGAAUUGUAUAUGCUGUGGUUACUCCCAUCCUUCUUCCUUUUAUUCUAGUCUUCUUCGCCCUUGCAUACCUUGUUUAUCGUCAUCAGGUAAUUAAUGUGUACAAUCAACGAUAUGAGAGUGCUGCUGCAUUUUGGCCGCAAGUUCACAGCCGCAUAAUAUCAAGCUUGUUGAUAUCUCAGCUUCUUUUGUUGGGUCUGCUCAGCACAAAAAAGGCUGCAAGUUCCACUCCUUUGCUUGUUGCUUUGCCUGUAUUGACUUUAGCAUUCCACAACUACUGCAAAAAACGCUUUGAGCCUGCAUUCAGAAAGUACCCCCUUGAGGAAGCCAUGGCAAAGGAUCUACAAGAGCGUACUUCAGAACCUGACCUCAAUCUAAAAUCAUACUUGUCUGAUGCAUACUUGCAUCCAAUUUUCCACUCGUUUGAAGAAGUUGAGUUAACCGAGGUGAAAAUUGACAAGCACCAGACUCACAUCACCAGUACCGCCGUUAAUGAAAUCCACAAUCACAUCCCGACUCCCUCAGCAAGUGAAACAAGUACGCCAUCACCAUCGCCACCUCACUAUGCCUAUCAGUUUGAAGAUCAGCCGUCGAAUACUGUCCAUCAGUAUGCCUAUCAGUUUGAAGAUCAGCCGCCGAAUACUGUCCAUCAGUACGAAGUCGAGCAGCCUUAUAAUGUGUAUCAUUACGGCAUUGAGCCGCCCUCUAAUGUUUAUCAUUAUUGAAGUGAGAUUUGGUUGUUUAGAUUGGUGUUUAGUUCCAUUACACACAGUGCUAACCACUGUUUUGGAUGUGUGAACUGUAAUUAUUAUUCAUGAAUGUAUAAAUGCUAAUGGGUUAUGAGCUUUUCUUGAAAACUUGUCAACUUCUAUUUA